CCUCCUCCCGCGGCCAUGGAGCAGCGCGGCGCGGCGCCGGCCGUGCUGGCCACCAGCAGGCCAAUUCAGAAUACACACACGGGGCUGGAUUUGUCCGUGCCGGAAUACCAGGAAAUCCGUGGGAAGAUGAUGUCUGGCCAUGUCGAGUAUCACAUUGUCGUCGUUACCCGACUGGCUGCCUUCAAAUCAGCAAAGCACAAGCCUGAAGAUGUGGUUCAGUUUAUGGUUUCCAAGAAGUACAGCGAGAUCGAGGAGCUCUACCAGAGACUGACAGCACGGUAUCCACAGGUGUCUCUGCCACUCCUGCCUAGAAAAGUUCUCUUUGUGGGGGAAUCUGACAUCUCUGAGCGAAGAGCUAUGUUCAAUGACAUCAUGAAAUUCAUCGCCAAAGAUGAGGAUCUAGCAACGAGUCCCGAGUUACUGGAAUUUUUAGGAACAAAAUCUUCUAGUGCUGUUGACUUCAAGGGCAAAAACUUACCUGAUGACAGGGAGAAAGAAGAUGAAGAAAAUGAGGCAUUGGAUUUUUUCAAAGAGGAGAAGACACCUGACUUAAUCUCACAGCUUUUAUCAGUGGAAGAUUCCAAAAAAGGGGAGAAAAAAGAAGGGGGAGAUGAAGAAGAAGAAGAGGAAGAAAUUUUAGACCCUCUUGGUAUAAUCAGAACUAAAAAAGCAAAGACAGCUGCUCCUCCAGCCAAGGAAGAGAAGCCCAAAUUAACCAUUUUUGAAGAGGAGGUGGAUCCAAAUGAAGGACUCUUUGGCCCAGAAAAAGAUUUCUCAUCAAUCGGUCCCAGAAGAAAGAUUAAAGAGAAUCUGAAGUUAUUUGAAGACCCAGACCUCGGCGGGGUGGUGAGACUGGGUGACUCACUCCUGCUGCCAGCUGCCUGUGAGCACAGCGAGGAUGUGCUGAGCAGGGAGCCUGAGGAGGACACUGAGGAGCUGCUGAGGUACUCAUCUCAAAUCUGCCAUGUGGGAUGGAGAGUGGAAGAUGAUUUUGAGAAACUCUUAGAGGUUACCUCCAAACCAAAACCUAAGGUCCCACCAAAGCCACCUCUGCCUCAGAAGCCAGCAGUUGCCCCCAGGAGCACUAAUUCACCUUCACUGGCAAAGCAAAAGGAAAACAGGAUUCAGACAAUGAAUGAAGUGGACAUUCUCCAGUAUAUCCAGGAAAAUGAAUCUAUCAACAACCAGGAUACCAGUCUUUUUUGAACAUAUGUAUUUUAAAAUAUCCUGAUGGCUUCUUGGCCCCACCUCCCAGUGAGCUGCAGUGACAGCAGCAAGAACUGCCCAGGUGUUUCUGCUGUCACAGGGCUCAUUUGUGUACCAGGAUACAGAGAGCAGCAGGUUUGAGCAGCAGAACCUCCCUGUGAGGUUUGCAGAACACUGCAGCUGUGAUCUAAUGUUGCCUUAGAUUUUCAGGGUUUCACAGGGAAUGUGAACAAGGAUGCAGCCCUACAGAUUGUCUACUGCUAUUUUAGUAUCAACAUUGUACAGGUUUUGGCCAGUUGAUUGAAAAUGGUGAGGAUGUUGUACACAUGGCAACUGUGAGUAAUGUCCAACAAAUGGUCUGAGGCAUGGUAGGAUGCUGUUCCUGUCAUUUUUAGAUAGUGUUUUUUAGCUCAGUGGAAAGGCCAUUUCCCUUUUAUCCAGUGUGGUUUUGUAGCAGCCUCUUCCUCCCUGACUUGUAUUUUGGUAAUUUUUAACAGGAACUGCUAAAUGUAGUUAACAGUUCCUCUGUCUUCCCAUGGAACAUUGAAAUCCCAGCUAACCCUGACAGUCUGCUGCCUUAAUUGCUGCACAAAUGCCAGCUUGUAAGAGAACUUUAGGCCUGCAAAGACCAUGCUAUGCUAUCUCUGAUUCCCAGGGAGAAUAGCAGAUGACUGGGGGUGGCUAAGAACACUCUCCAGACAUAGAUGGAGGCUACAGUGCCCAGGAGGUUUGGAUGCUGUAGGACUCCUAUGAACUCCAGAUUCACAAGGGCUGAUUUUUUCCAGCCAAGUCUUCCUGGGUUUCCACUGUAGUUAGUGGAAAGAGAGAGGGGCUUCUCCAGGAGGUCAUUCAGUGCAGGUGUGUUAAUGGAGGAAAUCUGAAUUGCUCUCUGGAGUCACUCUUUCUCUCCUAUUCCUUCACUUCUCCCAGAAUUUUUAAGAACCAGCCAUGGUGAUUAAUUCCACUAAGCUAAAAUGAGUUUGUGUGUUAAGAUGGUGGUCUGUUCUUUACCAUGUGAUGUUUAAAACAAGGGAAGACAAACUUGGCAGUAGCUAGAGGAAAAAAAAUAGGAAGAAAAUAUACUGGAGAAAUUUUAAUAUGCAAGAGAAGAAAAACAUUGUAGAGUAGGUAUCCAAGACUUUCCCCCUUCUUGUCAAACUCAGGCACUCUGGUUGAAGAUACUAAAUUUACACCUAAUGUGGGUUUAUACCUGCUGUCAUGCAGUUUCCUGAACUCAUUCCAUGUGUGGUCUAGCUAGAGAUGAAGACAAGCUCCCCAGAGGGAAAAUAUUAAUAUAUUUAAGCCAUACCAUCAUCUCAAUAUUUGCCUUUCUAAUAUAGAACAAAAUAAAUAGAAAACAUUAUCUAUUUUUAAUAAUGAAAUUAUUUCUAUCAGCAUUUCCUUUUUAAGCCUGUGGGAAAUAUUAUAAAAGUAUUUUGCUUUGAUGGGACAGAUAAAAUAUAGCCAUUGGUUC